CUCGAGCAUUCGCUGCACCUGUUGUAGCAAUGUCAUGGCCAAAGGCACCAAGUUCAAUUCUCGCAAAGAAGAAACCCUCGGCGAGGAGUUUUCGGAGGUUUGGAAGGAUCACACAUUCAGAUUUUUUUUCAAUUGUACCCAGUGCUCAGCCGAGAUCGUCAUAAGGACAGACCCACAAUGUUCACACCUUGCUGUUGAGGCCGGUGCUUUGAAAUUUUAUAGUAAUGAUUUUAUCCCUUGGCUUCCCCCUAGGGUUGAGGAGAAAGAGAAGUUGGUUCCUUGCACGGGCCCAAACUGGCAAGAGAAAAGAGAGGAGGUCUUAGUUAAGAGGUUACAACAAAUUAUUAGAUAAGCAUAUUCAGAAAAGGAAGAUUGAAGAAGUGGGAGACGCCAUGAAAUCUUUGGAUUUCAA